AUGACCCUUCAAUCAAGAUGGCUGCAUAUGGUCUAUCUGCGAUGCGAUCUUUAGCAAGAUGUCGAUCUUUUCAAGCGUAUUGUGCAUUUUCCACGGGUUCAACGUCUCGUGCAUCAGUUGCUGUGGUGCUAUCUGGGAAUGGAGUUUUUGAUGGUGCAGAAGUUCAUGAGGCUUCAGCGGUACUGGUCCACCUGAGCCGAGCUGGGGCUGAUGUGAGCAUGUAUGCACCAGAUAUUCCACAGAUGCAUGUAUUGAAUCAUGCUAAAGGAGAUGUAAUGGAGAAUGAGACACGGAAUGUUCUAGUUGAGUCUGCCAGAAUAGCUAGAGGAAAGAUCGCUCCUCUUGCCAAUCUCGAUGCUGCUUCCCAUGAUGCUGUCAUUUUUCCAGGAGGAUUUGGAGCAGCAAAGAAUUUGAGUUCCUUUGCUGUGGAUGGUGCAGGCUGCACAGUUAAUGAAGAAGUUGCAAAAUGUAUCAAUGAUUUUCAUGCUGCCAAAAAACCUAUUGGUCUUUGUUGCAUUUCUCCAGUGUUGGCAGCCAAGCUCAUCCCGGGUGUUGAGAUAACAGUAGGACAGGACAAGGACGAUGGAGGCCGCUGGCCAUAUGCGGGUACUGCAGAUGCUGUGCAACAGAUGGGAGCAAAACACAUAAACAAAAAUGUCGACGAAAUUCAUGUGGACCAACAGAACAAAGUUGUUACAACCCCAGCAUUCAUGUGUGAGACAAAAGUUCAUGAGAUACACGAUGGUAUCGGCAAGAUGAUAGAGGCGAUCGUGAAGAUGUUUUAAUUUCACUCAACUGUCAGCAUGUAUGGAGCGGUAGUUCCUCGGGCUGAGCUCUCAUCACGGCGUUCAUUUAUUCGUAUAGAUCAGUUACUGUUGAGAUUAAGUGCUAAUACGAAAGACUGUUUUUCAUAACUUAGCGCCAAUAUGGGACGUUCAGAUCGCUUAAAAAUAAGUACCUGUACUAACCCUUAGAGGUGAUACCUCUAAUAAAGUAGCUAAAGAGAUGGACAUAUUGUAAUGGGUAACGACGUUGGAACUGUGCCAAACACAGAAAGUGUCAACCCGACUGGGAUAAUAAAUUAAUCUUGUUUUU